AGUUUUCAUUUAAUUUUUUUUUCUUUUAAAAAAAAAAUGGUGUUUUGGAAGAAGAAAUGCCAUCGUUGUGGUCUUCCAGCUCCAAGGGCUCUGUAUUUGUUGGACUUUGUCUGAUCAGAAGUAUCUCCUUCACUCUCCCACACUCUUCUUCUGUCAAGUACCAUAUUCAAAUGGCUAGAUCUGCAUUGGAUGAGACGUCAGAUUCAGGUGCGUUUACAAGAACUGCAUCAACAUUCCGUAACUCCAUUUCUCGAGGCCCAAAUUCCCAGUUUCCGGCAGAAUCUGGAAGAUAUCAUCUGUACAUAUCGUAUGCUUGCCCUUGGGCUUCCAGGUGCUUGGCAUACUUGAAGAUUAAAGGACUUGAGAAAGCAAUCAGCUUUACGUCAGUCAAACCCAUAUGGGAAAGAACCAAGGAGAGUGAUGAGCACAUGGGGUGGGUUUUUCCUGCUACAGAUACAGAGGAACCAGGAGCAGAACCUGAUCCCUUGAAUGGGGCUAAAAGUAUUAGAGAACUUUAUGAGCUUGCAAGUACAAACUACACUGGAAAGUACACAGUUCCUGUUUUAUGGGAUAAGAAACUCAAGACAAUAGUAAAUAAUGAGAGUUCAGAGAUAAUUCGCAUGUUUAAUGUCGAAUUCAAUGAGAUAGCAGAGAAUCCAGCUUUGGACCUAUAUCCUUCUCACUUGCAAGCCCAAAUUGAUCAAACUAAUGAAUGGGUAUACAAUUUGAUCAAUAAUGGUGUAUAUAAAUGCGGUUUUGCUACGAAGCAAGAGCCUUAUGAUGUGGCGGUGAAACAAUUGUAUGAAGCUUUGGAUAAAUGUGAAGAGAUAUUGGGAAAGCAACGAUAUAUAUGUGGGAAUGCAUUUUCUGAAGCAGAUAUUCGAUUGUUUGUAACUCUUAUCAGAUUUGAUGAGGUUUAUGCAGUUCAUUUCAAGUGCAACAAGAAACUCCUGCGUGAGCACCCAAAUCUAUUCAAUUACACUAAAGACAUAUUCCAAAUUCCAGGAAUUAGCAGCACAGUCAACAUGCAACACAUAAAGCGACAUUAUUAUGGAAGCCAUCCUACUAUCAAUCCGUUUGGUAUUAUUCCUCAAGGCCCAAAUAUUGAUUACUCUUCUCCUCAUGAUAGAGAGAGAUUUUCUACAUAGUUUGGUUACCCUCCAGACUUCCAGAAAAUGGUUUGUUUCUUCAUCUGACGUGAUAUUAAUCUUGAUGAAAAUAGAUUUUUAUAACAGGCAGUUGUAAGUACUCGCAGAAAAGGAUUUGUUAUACUGUGGACAUGUCAUCCUACUGUUGUAAUAUCUUGAAUGUGAUUUCUGCUUAUAUUUAUGUGUAUUAUGCAUGACUAUAAUGUUUCUUUCAA